AUGAGUGGCGACACGUUAUAUGCAGCUCCUAGGAAGCACAACGUGGCUAAAAUGCGUUGUCACGACUAUUUGUAUGAUUCGGCGUUCAUAGUAUCAGGCGCUCGCGACUACGCGCGCACCGCUUUCAGAGCAGCCAUGGCGUCCGCCCAAGUUGUGUUACAGCCAGUUUAUGACUGUAUGUUCUCGGAGAUCAGCCUACGGCCCAGAAUGCAAGUCGUGUACCAUCCCAACUGCCGUCUUCCAAACCACGUGGACCGGUCCUACGAAGGGUACCUAAACCGGGUCGAGGAAGCCAAGAACGUACCAACUCCUGAGUUCAGCGGCAAAGAUUCUUAUAAAUAUACUGCGGCGCCGAAGAAAGUGAUGUCCUUACCGUCGACCACUCCUGACUUCCGUCCGAACACGCCAAUCUGUCUUCCUCAGGGGCCCACCAAGCCUCGACAUAGAGGCACACAAAGCAUGUUCAGAGAGUCAUCAGCUCAGACUGUACCGUGGCAGCCUGAUGGAAAAGCUGCUGAAAAUUGCGAGGAAACUCCUGAAGUGUUGUUCCUUGAUAAAUUAGAAUGGGGUCCCGGCAGUCCAUACCGCGUGGGAGACUUACCAGCCGAUUUCUAUACCACAGCCAUUAUCAACAAGAUGCGUCACGCGCGUACAUGGAUGGAGCUGGUGGAGAGCGGCAAGUUCCCUCGCUGGAUGAAGAAGCGAGAUGCCAUCAUCAAUGAUGUCGUCAUGAAGGACUGGAUGUUCAGGGAGGCGGAGAUAGACGAGCUCCAAGACAUCAGACUGGAACUGCUGCACCGCCUGCAGGCUGAGCAGCGAGAGAAGCAAGCCAACAGGACCAGCACGAAGCUCGCCAAGCUGUGGGCGCUCAAGAAGCACGAGAUGGAGAGGAAGGUCAGCCAUAUACGGAAGACCAGGGAUCGAGAGCUACGCAAACUAGUAGCCCUCCACGAAGGAGGGGGUCGAGCAGGCCUCGUGGCUCGCAUGCAAACAGCACGAGGCGCGGGCUGCAUGACCUCGCAGUCGAGAGACCCCACGUCGGACCUGCACGCGCCGCUCGCGAGGCACGGCUACCAGGCGCGCAGAAGACACGCGGAGAUACAAUACGAUCCGACGCUGUUGUCUCUAGAAGACCACAAGGCGCUUGCAGAGCCACCACCCUGGCUGGAGACUUGCGGCAAAGACCUGAAGAAGACUUGCUCCGGCCACCAGCUGACGCGAGACCCUAACGUGCUCUGUGAACGGCAGACCAAGUGGAGUGAGCAGUUCUUGGAGAACCUUCAUAAUGAUCUGAAGAAGGCCCGUCUAGGAGCCGCAAAGAUGACAGCAGGUCCUCUCCACGUGCUGAAAUCCCGCAAAGAACACGUGGUGGCCAGGCCGAAGACUCCUGAAGUGGAAUCCUUGGAUGACCUCGAGGAGUCCGCUCACCAAGCCGCUUUGAUACUCCAGAGGAUCAUUAAAGGACGCGCUGUGCAGAACUUGAUGUACGAAGGUCGUACCAGAGCUGCAGAGCUGACAGAGGAACUGAAGACCACACAUGGUCUCCAGAAGGAAGACAGAGUGAGGAUCUCCAGCGAAGAGUCUAAGGCCAGAGAGUUUAAUGCCAGGAGGACCGAGACUGAACUUAAAGAAGACACAAUAUCAGCGCUAGUAGACGAGCUGUGUGGUGGUGCCGUGUCUGCAGCUCUGGACUUUUUGGAGAAGGAGCUGCGAAGGCUGAAGGAGGAGAGGAGGCAGCAUGCCUUCCUGCUCAUCGCUUUACGUGAGAAGACUAUGCGUGAGGCAGCCGAGGCCGGCAGGAGACAGAAAGAGGAGCACCGCCGAAGGGAACACGACGAGAUGUUCAGACAGAUCUUAGGCGUCACCCAAGGCACGGUAGACGCGUACCUCCAAGAGAUAAUAAGCGAGGGAGUAGAACUAGCUGCCGAGGAAGACGCCGCCACGAGGGCGAAGGCCCAAGCCCACAAGUACCACGAGACCCUCAUUGAGACCACCGACUUAUCCACAGCUAGUACCAAUGAGUUGGUAGCUGAAUUAGUCCAGCAAUUCCUCCUGCCUCACUCGACUAAGACGGCCACGAGGCACCGCAUUACUAUGAUGCAGAACGCGAGGCUUGAGACCGCUAGAAGCACCAUAUUCGGCCUCAUUGAGAGCGCCGAGAGGAAGAAGGAUAAAUGCAACCUAUGCGGCGAGCCUCUGGACCAGGACUGUCGCUGCCGCUUCUGUCCCAUCAAGGUUGAACCCAAGGAGACCGAGCACAGACACGAUCCUCGCUGGAAACGCGCUAGAAGUAAGUCUCGACCAGAGCCCCCGGUUAAGACGCCGUCCGAGAGGUACCCGAUAUCCCAUGAGAUGAGAUGCAUGCUACGAGACAUGCUGGAUGACGUUGUGAAGAAAUCACGUCAUGACCGUGCUGAAGAGUUGGACACUAAACGCGAAUUCCAAGGUCUUCUGGGAGACCGCAUGGAGAUCACUCUUGAUGUCAAACAUAUUCUGGAGAUCGGUCCCAAAGAACUGCCGUCAGCUAUAAGAAAGCGCACGGAAGUGAAGGUGCCGACUCCAGAGGAGGACGAGCCGUGCCGCUGUGGCGAAGAAGCAAGGACCACCAAGCCUACUAUCAAAUUCGGACUCAGUACAAUGACUCCUGAGGAGAAGAAGAAGUUGCUACCCUCAGAAUUGAGGGAACUGGAACAGGUGAAGAAAUGCAAGUGUGACUCCGAGAUGGAAGAAGACAAUCUAGUAGACGACACGACGACAGACUACACGACGGAGUUCACCAGCUCCACCUACGGGGACGAGGAGGCUCUCGGAGAGAUUGAGGAGGAGAACUGAACGAAAUAUACAAUCUAUACUAAUAUUAUAAA